AUGGAUUCCACUUCUAGUGUUCCAUGGAAUCUAUUUCCAGGUUUAAUAGUUUGGCGUAGAGUCAGAUUUCUUGGUAGUGGUUCAUAUGGUGCAGUGUAUUUAACUUUUUUGACAAAUUUUAAUGAGUUGAAUCACCUACUUGCUGUGAAAACAAGCUUUCUAGCAUUAUCCACUUCUCUCUUUAAGGAGAAGAGAGUCCUUGCCAAUCUUGGGGACUGUCCCGAAAUCAUUGUUUGCUUUGGCCACAAGGUAACGGUCGAAAGAGGAAUGCAAUUAUACAAUCUAGUUCUUGAAUAUGCACCUUUUGGCACACUUUCGGACUUGAUCCAAACAUUCAUAUUACGGGAUAUAAACAUCAGAAUCUACACUAAGAUGAUGCUGAAAGAUGACUACAAGAACAGGUUUCGAGGAACCCCGUGUUACAUGUCACCGGAAUCGGUGGUGCUCGGACAGAUUGGGCCUGCGCUGGAUAUAUGGUCUUUGGGUUGUAUUGUGAUCGAGAUGCAUACUUCAAAAAGUGCGUGGCAUGUCUUGGAGUGUACUCCAAGACUUGAUAUGGUUCAUCUGUUGGCUUCUACAAAGAUGACCCCGCCGAUACCUUGCGCCGUGACGGAAAUUGGGAGGGAUUUCUUGAGAAAGUGCUUGGCGAGAGAUCCCCGCGAACGAUGGACGGCACGGAUGUUGUUGAAUCAUCCCUAUGUGAGUGAAGUUUGA